GGGCUAAGCGGUCCGAUCCCGACCCUCUCCUUCAUUUUCCCAACCUCAAGUCCGGGCUUGCCUUUGUCUCCAGCAUCCUACGGAGUUCACCGGGUGCACAAUCUGGUUCUUUGUACUCUUCGUUCCGUUGCUAACUUGGAGAGGUACACUCGUCGAGAACGUUUCCUCGACUGAAUGUGAAAACGGAGUAGUUGCAUCUUUGAUCCCAUGAUGAUUCGAGUUUGUCAAGUGGCUUUGGCCUUGGCCUUGGUUUUGAGUGUCCAUGGGUAUUCGAGUAAAGGUAAACCGAAUUUGGUCCAGUUGGCCAAGCAAUUGGGGCUGAGCGAAUUUGUGGAGAGGCUCGAGGAUAGCGCAAUUGACCACAUCAUCAACCAUGAAGGUUUCUUCACCAUUUUUGCCCCAUCCAACGAUGCCUUCAAGAAUGAGAUGACUUAUCCCGACGAGGCACCAAUCAAGUCGAAAAUGCUGUUCCAUAUUGGUCGAGGCAAGAUCUAUGCCAAAGACAUCAAAAACGAAAUGACCGUCAAAAGCCUUUUGAGCAAACGGCGUAUUCGAUUGAACACAUACUCUAAUGGAAAGGUGACGGCUAAUGGAAGGGUCAUCUCGUCAACCGAUCAUGAGGCUCGAAAUGGUGUGAUUCAUAUCAUCGACGAUGUUAUGAGCUCUGUUUAUGACCGAGCUGGAUCCAUCGUAUCUGAAUUGGACGAUUGUUGCCCACAACACUCCAUUGUUCUAGGGCUGAUCAAGGACGCAAAAUUGUAUGAUAAACUUAACACUCGAGGUCCACUCACUUUCCUGGCACCCAAUAACGGGGCCUUCAACGAACUCCAUCCUGAUUUUAUCAUCCAUUUGAAGAAGAAUAUCACCGCUCUUCGAACUUUCAUUGCCGGACACGUUCUGCCUGGAACUUUGUACUCCCCCGGACUGCAAGACGGUAUGAUGGUCAAAACCUUCCGAGGUAAUCAGGUCAAGGUCACGAUCGCCGGUAACGGCAAAAUGGCCUUUAACGAUGCCCAAGUUACUUUACCCGACGUGACCGCUGGCAACGGUGCUGUCCAGGCCAUUGAUGCCAUCCUGUCUCCCCAUAAAAAGUGGUCCAAAUUCUUGAAGCCGAGCAAGACUGCAACCAAGAAAGGCUUGAAGAACUUGGUUCAAGUAUGCAAGGNACGCAAGCCACUGACAAGUUCUGGAUUGACGGUGUUGGGCAUAUAUGAACUUCUUCUGCCCAAGCGUGAUACCGGCCUCUUGACAUUUGUGGAGGACUCUUCGAACACGUUCCUCAUGCUCGGAACCUGGUUUUUCAUCCCAGAUUACGAUGUCUUCCACCACCUUUAG